UAUUCCAAAGUUUAGGAGCUAAAUGUAAGAAAGCUCCACCACCUUUAGUGUACUUUGCUAUUCUAGGAACUACUAGAAGCCCAGAGUUUUGAGAUCUCAGGUUAAUAUUAAUUCAGAUAUUCUAAUCCAUUAUUGUUUCUUUUGUAACAGAGGGACAGAUGCUCCAUAUAAUGUGAGACUAUUAAUGAACAGUUGGUGAUAUAUGUUCAACAAAAUAACUCUUAAAACUGAUGAUUUUUGUUUAUUUAAUAUUUAUGGAAGAUAUAUGAGUUAUGCUUUUUGAUUUUCUCUGUCUUUUUGAAUAGUGACAGUGUGUAUGCACGUGUGUGUGACCUGAGAACAAGAAAUGAAUGUAAUUGUUGGAAAAACCUGCAUUAUAUAAAAUAAUUUGCGAUCCCUAUUUUUAACUGCACUAGGAAUAUUACCCUAUGUAACGUCAGCACGGGAUACAAUCUGUAAUUUCUCAUGGGAAUAAGCACAUGACAUUUAUUUUUCCAAAAUAAACAAAGAUUAAAAAUUUUUUUAAAAGGACUUUACUUUCAGGGCUCGUUGUUUUACUGUUCCCCAAAAUGGGACAAUUUGGUUUAAAACAUGUGAAACCCUAAUUGUAGUUUUAAACAAAGGAGAACAGCUCCCCAAAAGUCUGAUAAAUGGUGAAUAUAUGGGACCCAGACAUAUUGGUCAGAUUUUUCAACAGUUUUUGUCUGAGAAAAGGGCAGAAGCCAUACUUUCUAAUUGAGGGUAAUAGAGGACGUAUUAAAAUAAACAUAUGCAAUGUUUUUUCAGGGUGGACUUUUACUUUCAGGGCUCUUUGUUGAACCAUUCCCAAAAUGAUCCAAUUCGAAUUAAAACAUCUAAAACCUUAUUUAGAAAUGUAGACAAAGACAAAGGCUUCCCAAAAGUCUGUAAACAUUGUUUCAUUGGAUGUAUGGGACCCAGUUAUACCAAAACUGUUAAUAAUUCCUUUGAUUUUGUCAAAAUAGGUUGAGAAAAGAGAAGAGCUGAAGCUAUAUUUUCUAAUUGGGGGCAAUGGAGGGACUGUGUAUGCAGACGCCAUGAUUUUUGGACUGUCCCACUUUCCCUGGGAGGGGGGGGAGCUGGGUGUUGCCUUCUCUUUUCUCCGGAGGAGCACACAUACAAACACUCUAUCACACGCACAGCUAUCAGACAGGCUACUAAUCCGAGUUUUGUCUUGUGCUCAUCGGUGUAGAUUUAACAGUUUUUUGGUCGUUUAAAGGAAACCGAUACACAAAACAAAAACCCGCAACCAUGGGAGUGGAAGGCUGCACCAAAUGCAUCAAAUACAUGCUGUUUUUCUUCAACUUUAUUUUCUGGCUGGCUGGAUGUGUAAUCCUGGGCGUCUCUCUGUGGCUCCGUCAUGACGAAAAAACAAGCAGCCUGUUGGUGCUCAAAUUUGAAGAUACAGAGGCACCUAACACCUUCUACAUCAGUGUCUACAUUCUGAUUGCUGUUGGCGCUGUGAUGAUGUUUGUUGGAUUCCUCGGUUGCUAUGGUGCCAUCCAGGAGUCUCAGUGCCUCCUGGGAACUUUCUUUACCUGCCUGGUCAUUCUGUUUGCCUGUGAGGUUGCUGCCGGUAUCUGGGGAUUUAUCAACAAAGACCAGAUUUCUAAAGACGUAAUCGGCUUCUAUGACACCGUGUAUGAUCGAGGAAUACAGUCGACUGUCGCUGAGAAGAAAGAAGCUGCUGCUGCUGUACUGAAGGUCUUCCACGAGACUCUGCAAUGCUGUGGCAAGGGUACUGCAACCUCACUUUUGACUGGCUGGACGACUGAUCUAUGCCCUACUAAAGGAGCUUUUGAGAUGAAUCAGAACUGUCACUCGAAAAUCAAAGAGCUUUUUACUGACAAGAUCUACCUGAUUGGCAUUGCUGCCUUGGUCGUUGCUAUCAUCAUGAUCUUUGAGAUGAUCUUCAGCAUGGUGCUCUGCUGUGGAAUCCGAAACAGCCCUGUGUACUGAAAGACGAUUGGAUGAAUCAGGCUGUAGGUGUGGGGCAUCUGGAGAUACCAGCCAAUAAAACUGAAGGAAAACAUAUUCUUCUGAUUAAUUUUUGUAUCUACCCUAAUUUCCUAAUAUAGUCAGUUUGUCUUAUGGAACAAAUGAUUUAUUCUAUGGUGUGUUACUUUUAUUCUAAUGUGAUGCUCUGUCACUGUCUGCAGUUGUGUAUGCUGCAUGCGCAUUCUUGUAGACAAUGGCAGGCUAGGAUAGAAUUAUUAGAUGCUUACACACACACAAUAAAAAAAAACAAAAAAAACAAACAAACGUACAACACAAUGGCCUUUAACAUUCUGUUUUCUGUAGUAGUGAGGACAAUGGCUAUUUUUAUUGGUUUCUUUUAUUUUUCAAUUAUGUACGUAAGAUGUUAUUAAUUUCUUAUGUAUGUAAAAAAAAAAAUUGUAUAUAUUUGCAGCCAUUUGGCCUUCCAGCAUGGAUAUUGUAAUUAAACAGCCCUAUAGACCUUCUUUUCUGAAUGUGCUUAUACGUUUUCUCGAAAAAUCAACCACUAAGAAACAGUAUUAGUGAAAAGAAAGGAGGUCAAACCUUAAAACGUAAAUAUUAAAGAUUCCUGUACCUCGGUGUAGCCUAAAUAUAUAUAAACGUGUUGCCUUGGCUUCCUUUGUUGCCAUACAUUGUGGGCCAACAAACUGCCAAAAUAAUAGUUGUUGCAAGCAUGUCUAUGCUCUGACAUCCUUUAGAGUCUUUAGAAAUGAACUAAAAUUUCCUCUAUUGCUAAUGCUCUGACUAAUGUUUGCCCGCAUGUUGUCUGCUGGGGGAAGUUGCAAACCAGCUGGAUCGUUUGUAUAACUUUGCAUCGACUGCUGUAUUUUGUUUGACCUCUGACCCUAGGCCACCCUCACGCUCUAACUAACCCAAGCCAAAGCUCUUAUAUGCACCUACCAAUCUUAUUGACAGAAUGUCCUAUACUUAAAAAAAAAAAAAAAAAAAUGAAGACUACAUUAUCUAGUAUGUCCUGUUGAUUCCUAGUGGAAGUUACACAUAUAUUGUUCUCUAUAUUCUCUAUCCAUUUGAUGGAAUGCUGUGCUUAAAAAAAAAAAAAAUUGUUUUGAUUUACAUCAUAGUAACUCCUUUUUGCCAAAUAUGCUGGGGAUUACUUAACAAUGUCAUAGCAUCCCAUAAUCAGUCUUCUGAGUGUACCGUAAGGCUCUGGUGUGCGAGUGUGUUUUUGGUGUGUUGAUAGUAAAGCCUGUUGGAAAAAUCUAGUAUUUAGGAGUUAAAACCUCACUGCCGCUGCUAGUACUGUACCUCUUCUCGUCACAAGGUGUCGCUCAAACAGCAUUCAUUUUAUUGAGCGCACAAACACGUCAACGUUCUGUUAUCUUUGGGUAAUUCGUUCUUUAAACCAUUGAGGAAAUCCAUCUACAUCAUAUUCACUACAUAAAUGUAAUGCACUUCAGUCAUCUAUGAACCCUUCUACCCUAACACUUACAUACAUGCACACACACACCAUUUACAUCGUUUCCUACAUACAAGUUGUAAUUGUCACUUAAUGCCUAUGCUGAUCAAUUGUCUUGUAAUAUGUACAGCUAUAUAUUAUUGUACUAAUGACUAUGUAAAGGCAUUGUGAUAUCUUUUUUUCUGGUACUUUGUCAAAUAAAGGACAGAAAUUACUGUGAAAGCCAGCCAGGCCUUUGGGAUCCUUGCAGGGCAACAGAUGUAGAUACUAGGAAGGUUAGGAAUUAUACAAAAAAGAAGCGAAGGAAUGCAUACAGUAAUUGUGAGCUUAUGUUGGAUGGAUUUUCCGUAAAGUGGGAUCCACUGGCAGCUAUCACUCCAAUCUCUGUCCUGGUUCACCUAAAUCAUAUAGUUUUUUUGUUCUUUUUUGUUGCCCAAAUACUUAGGGAUUAAAUGUAUUUUACAAAUAAAA